AUGAAUCUGUUUCAGGAGACCGUGUUGAAAUCCUGUUCUCCAGAACAAAAAGCUGAGUUCCUCCUUGAAUCCAACAAUUUGUCAAAUGAAACGCUGGUGGUGCUCGUCUUCACAACGCUUAACACAUCUUUAGAAAACCUCGACUCUUUCUUUGGUUCCUUUGUGGCUGGUGCUGCGAAGAGAAACCUGACUGCUCUCAGCGUGGACGUGCGCGACCGUCUCCUGAAUCUGACGCUAACAGCUCUUGUUCCCCAGUUUAACCUCCUGAAUGAUGAAGGAGUCCAGCGAUGGUCCCAGGUUUACCUUCCUCUCCUCCUACCAAGCGCCAACUCACAAACCUUCCAGGUUAUUCCAAGGAACAUCACCUGCAGCUCCUACCAACACAUUGUCAAAGGGUUUGACAACAUCAUCAGUCAGCUCUCAGGAGAACAGACGCAGCUGGUCUUCAACUUUUCUCUGGACUAUCUGACAGGACAGCUGUCCUCAGGUCUCUCGUGUGUCGACGCUGGCAAUGUCACUGAUGACAGACGCUGGCUGGAGGUCAAUUUUGGACAAUUUCGCUUUCAAGCCUCAUUUAUGGAUUUUCUGACCUUCAAAGUCAACUUUAAAGGAGUGGAGGUUGCAGAUCUUCUUUCCUUCACUCAGCUGAGCCAGCUCGCAGCAAUCCCCUCACAGCUCAACGGGACGCAAGAUGUGAUGAAAAUCAUGACGUUCAUCAACGCAUCUGACUUCAGCCGUUUCUUUGACCUGCUUGAAUUUGAAAUUAAGACUCGGUCCACCAACCACACUCAGGAGGUAAAGUCGGCCUUCCUGCAGGCAGUUUUUGACCGUGGAGGUCUGACGGCUGCUAGCGAUGAAGAAGUGCUGCUGUGGCUGCGGGUCCGACUGAGGCCUCUUCUGGUCGACCUCUCUCCGGCUUUGGUGACCUCUUUGGCCAAACUGGGGGAAGGAAGGAGGUGUAACACCACUGAGGAGAUGAUCAAACUGCUCAAUUCUCUCCAGACGACCUUCAGCAGCAACACAAAAGCUGAGAUCUUUGGGAAUAUUGUACGCUUCCUUCAAGGACCAACGCCGCUGAAAUGCUACAGCGGUGGAAGCUUCUACCUCUUCCUGAAGAACACCUUCCUCAGCUUCGGCUUUCCAGAUGUGUCGACGCUCAUUUCUCUCCUGCCGCCGACACGCAAGUCAGAGCUUCUCAACAGCUUCAACGCCUCCGAGCUGAGCCAGUUCCUCAGUGGACCUGGAGCCAUCGGUAACGGCUCAGAUGUCUGUGCCCUCUUCAGCCUCUACAACCACACCGCAGCCUUCCUGGAAACGGAGGACGUCCCAGAUGAUGUGAGGAGGGCCAUCCUCCCCUGUGUGUGGCCCUUGGCUCUGAGCAGCAGCAGCAGAUCUGAGGUGAAUUUCUGGUUUGACCUACGGUUGAAGAACUAUCUGAGGUUCCUCACCCCCGACCUCAUCAGCGCCACGGCAGUGCAGAACGCCUCGUGUUUAGCUUUUGAGAAACUGGUGUCUGUCAUGGGAAAUAACUUCACCUACAACAGCUCUGAGUUUGGCCGGGAAGACGUGUACAGCAGCAUCAGGAGCUACCUGAGCGCUGGUUCUGGAGUCAGAUGCUACGAUCCCAGAGACCCAGAGCUGAACUCUACCUCCUGGUUCUUCAACUACAUCGGCAGCUUUAUCACAUUUAUCACCCUGGACGAUCUCACCAGCUUUGUCAACACCACUCAGAUUGAAGUUUUUCUGGAGGAUCAAUUUAAUCUGGACCUUUUCAGCAACGUGGCAAUCCCGUCUAACGUGACCAGCUUCUACAUUAAGCAGGUCUUUACCUUCAACCCAACCUUCAGCCCGCUCAGGUUUCCAGGCAUUUUCCUGUGCUCCUCCGACGUCCCAAGCACAUCGUAUUCUUCUCUGGAUGAAAAUAAUACCGUUAUCAUUUUGGACCGGCUCGGCUUGUUCUGCAAUGGAACCAACAACCCUGAGAUCGCUGCGACUCUGGCCUCAAACAUCAAGACUUUAACCCUGGAGAUAUUCAGAGCGCUGGGGAAGGCCUCCUCAGGCCUGUCCAUCAGUCAGAUCACCUCGGUGUCCCCGUCAGUCUUGCUUUCUGCGCUGUCCACCCUGAGCUCAGUGACGGACUGGGCCCAGGACCAAGCCCGCACCAUCAUUGAAAGACUGCUCAUCUCAGACUUUAAGAUCGACUCUGCGGCUGCCCUGAAGUCCCUCGGGUCCAUCGUUACCGGGCUUGCUUCAGAGUUUCUUGACAAAAUAGACCCCGCUGAUCUGUUCAGCAUCGCCACGAGCUCUGACUUUAUCUCCAACAUACUGUCAGCCCCCAAGAUCCUCCAGCUAACCUUCGUCAAUAAGAUCAUUUCUCUGUUCAAAGACCCGCUCACGCUGCUCCUCAGUGUCCCCAAUCGUUUGGCUUCAGCGAUUCCUCCUUCCCUGCUGGCUUUGCCUGAGGGCAGUGUGGACAUCAAAAUCAUCAAUGCAAUGUUGUGGACGCCGGAUCAGGCUGUCUUAGUUUUUAAGAAUCUGGCUGCAACAGUUUUUGAGGCUGACCUGCUUUCGCCGUUUGUGCUGCAAGGCUUUACGUGCACAUCGGUGCAGAAAAUGACUCCAGACAAGGUUACCGGGUUGAUCCGUGCCGUCAGGCCGAGGCUCGGCCUUCCUAAGGUGGUGCUGAAAGAGUCACAGCUGACUUGCAUGUACAACCUGGUCCGCAACUCCCUGACUGAAAACUUUCUAGACUAUCCUUCAGACAUGCUUCUCUUCUUUGAGACUCAGAACAUCCAGAAGGAUCGUUGCAGGUCAUACUUUUCUGCACUGGGUGCGGCCGACUUUUCCGUGGCCUCUGGCAUUUUGAGGAAAGGUCCACAGCUGUUCACUGAAGCCACAACCUGCCUGGGUCUAACCGGCUUGAGCCUGAGCAGAGAUGCUGUGGAGGUCCUGGGGAACAUGGUCUGCACCCUGGACAGAUCUUACAUAGAGAACUCGGAUCCUUUCAUUCUGGAAAAGCUCAAAGCCUGCAAAGAUCUCUCUGACGGCCAAGUUGCAGCAGUCGAGACUCUGCUGCUCUCUGGGGAAACAGUAUACGGAAACUCCAUGUCCUGGAGCGAGCAAACUCUGGAGAGCCUCGGGACGCUUCCUCUACAUCUGAGCAGAAACGUCUGGGGCCGGUUCCAGACUACAGCUAAGAGGAACUUUCUCAAGACCUUCAUGCCCAACCUGAGAAAACUAAAAACACAGAAGAUUAAGCUGAAGAACCUGUUCAGACAGAUCAUCCCCAUCGUGGCUAAAAGAGCAGCAGGAUGCACCGAGGGCAACAUCAGCCAGGUGAUAAUCAGCGACCCGGCCUUCCCCUUUGGCUACGAUGAGACGCAAUUUGAUCUCUGCCUGGAUAUUCCUGUUCUGAGAGAUAACCUCAACACCAUCUGCCAGAAGGUGGACGACGACGAAUUCCAGAAGGUCAUUUUGAAGAAGCUCAGCCUGGCGUAUCCAUCAGGCGUUCCUGAUCAGGCCGUCCAGAUGCUCGGUUCAGUGUCUCGUGUUGCAACGCUAGAGGACAUCUCCAAGUGGAGCAUCACCAAAGUUGACACGCUGUCAGCUCUUUUUAGCGCUGACGAUGGAAGCUGGGAGACAGAAAAGAGCAAAGAAAUCAUUGAACAGUAUCUGAGGACUUCGGGGAACUCGCUGGGCCCCACUGAGCUGACAAUCAUCGGCUCCAACCUGUGCUCGUUAAAUGCCAGCAGGCUGAAGACCAUAUCUCCUCUCAGUAUCCUGACUGCCCAGCCUGCUAAUGUGGCUUCAUGCUCCACCGAGCAGAAGACGGUUCUGUACGAGACCAGCUCUAAUGCCUUCUUGGUAUAUCGGCCCAGUUUCAUCGACUAUUACAACUUGAUGAAGCCCUAUCUGGGUGGGGCUCCCCUGGGUGACGUGGUAUUCUUGUCCACCCAGAACAUCAACAUGGACGUGGAUGUCUUCAGGAGUCUGCAGCUCGAUGUGAUCAGAAAUCUGACGGUGAGAAACGUGCAGCUUCUCAUGGGCGACCAGCUGCGAGACCUGAAGCUGUUUGAGAAUGACACCGUGGUUCGGACCUGGGCCAACCUGCAGUUUCAGUCCGACCUGGACACUCUGGGUAUUGGGCUGAUCAGCAACCGGACCGAGCCGACCACUGUAGCUCCGAUCCAGGCUACCACAGCGGCGGCAGCGUUUCCACAGCCGAGCGUUUUCCUGGCUGCUCUGCUGCCGGCGGUGCUGCUGCAGCGGCGGGCCUGAAGCAACACCUGCAGCUUUCCUCUGAGGCAAAGACUGCAGAACAUCCUGCAUGAGUCUCUGUGGUUAAACUCUGAUCCUGUUCUGAAUAAAGCAGCUGCUCACGGGUGUUAUAGGGUUAAGGAUCUGGGAUAAUAAACUCUCUGUAGGUUAAAAGAAAACUAUUUUACAGACAGUAAUAUAAUCUGAAAUAAUCUGGUAUAAAUUAAGAUCUAAUCCAAAAUUAUUUAAGACUUUGUUUUCUUCAGAAGCCGAGAGCGGCCAAAACUAAACGCUAUAAAAGUUAUUAGGGUGUUUUUUGUAUUUCCUUAUUUUUCCUUCAACAAAAGACAAAAAGUUUGAUCUCAUGUUAGCAGAAUAAUUUAUUAUAGUGUUUUAAUAAUCAUAUAUAAAUGGGUGGAACAGGAUAUUUUGGUUUUAUAUCAGUUCUUAUUGUCUCCCAGUCCGUGCUUCUGCAAACUUUGUGUUGGUGCAGGUGGUGCAUUCAAGUACCCUCAGAAAAUGUAAUCCUAUUGAACAAGCUCUAAAACAUUCAUUAUCCACCGCUGUCUUGCUAAAUAACCCUUUAAUGUGGAAUUGUGAAGUUCCUUUACGCUGUAUAAAUUUGAAUAAACUCUUAAAUCUAACCGAA